UACGUGCUAGAUUGUGGAAGUUAGCUGCACUGAAAGAUGACUCUCUGUUGGACUACGCAGUGAGGAUUUACUCCGUUACAGCGAUUUGUCAUACCGGGAAAGUGCUGUGGACCGUUAUAUUUGUCUCCUUUUCACUGAGUUUUCAAAAUGCCGCGCUCAUUUCUGGUGAAAAAACAUUUCAACUCCGCCAAGAAGCCCAACUACAGUGAAUUGGAGAGCCCAACAGUGUUUCUGUCGCCAUAUCUGCUCAAAAGCAUUCCAGUGCCCGUCAUACCUCAGCCUGAAGUCCUCAGCCCCGUGGCGUACAACCCCAUCACCGUGUGGACGACGAGCGACUCUCUGCUUUCUCCUCUGCCCAGUGACCUGUCGCCUGUCUCUGGCUCCCUCUCCCCGCUCUCAGACGCCUCGUCUAAGGGCCGUGCAGGCUCGGAGAGCCCGAGGAGCGGCGACGAGGAUGAGCGAGCGUCUGCCAAGCUGGGCGUCGAGGACACGGAGAAGUUCCAGUGCGGCCUGUGCGCCAAGUCCUACUCCACGUAUUCGGGACUGAUGAAGCACAAGCAGCUGCACUGCGACGCGCAGGCGAGGAAGUCGUUUAGCUGCAAGUACUGUGAGAAAGAGUACGUGAGUCUCGGCGCCCUGAAGAUGCACAUAAGGACACAUACGUUGCCCUGCGUUUGCAAAAUGUGCGGCAAGGCGUUCUCCAGACCAUGGCUGCUUCAGGGCCACAUCAGGACGCACACAGGUGAGAAGCCCUUCUCGUGCCCCCACUGCAGCAGGGCGUUCGCGGACAGGUCCAACCUCAGGGCCCACCUGCAGACUCACUCAGACGUGAAGAAAUACCAGUGCAAGAACUGCUCCAAAACCUUCUCCAGAAUGUCGCUUCUCCACAAACAUGAGGAGUCAGGCUGCUGCGUAGCUCACUGACCAAAAACUGUGCCUUGGACAGGAUUUUUUUUUUCUCUAAGGUGCCUUAUUGCAGCUCUCAGCACUCUCUGCACAGGGGGGGAAAAAAAGACUGUUUGAACACCCAGCAGCCUUAACUCUGCGUGUGCCUGUGACUGAGUCUUCUGUUCAUUUCAGUGUUUAAAAAAAAAAAAAAUCACCCAGUUUAUCAUGUGCUCUAUCAUGUGCUUUCAAUUUUAACAGUAUUCUCACUGUUUCCAUCAGUGUUGGACUUGUACACUUCUGUGUACUGUAGCAUUGUUUACUGUUAUGUACUAUUUGGGAGGUCAUAAUGGAGCCUGCACAUGCUCUCACUUGAGCUGUAAUGUAUGCAAUCUAUUAUCCAUUAUUGGAUGUUUAAGGGUAUGAUGAUUUUGUUUUAUUGCUGUUAUUAUAUUUCAUAGCAGGUGUGUGGUAACAAAACCAAAGAGCUGGGAACCAAAAGAAAUGACUGAAGCCAUUUAUUACAGAGGGAACAAGUGCAAAACAAACUUCAUUUUCUGUUGAAAGUAUUUAAACUCUUACAUGAACAUAAUAUGACUGUACACCAGCGUUCACAUGUUCAGUGCUCUAUCAAGUGCCUUUCAAAGCUCUGGAAUCUCUUCAGAGACUUUGCUCAAGUGUUUAAUCAAUAUUUUUUAUACAUUUGAAUGUAUGUAUGACUGAAAUGAUUGUACCUUGAUAGUAUGCAUUUAAAAGUGGAAUGGGUGAUAUUUUUCUAUUUCUUUUUUUUGUUACAUUUUAUGAAUAAAAAUGACUUUGGAUAUUUUUAAACAUU